GGCAGACAAGCAGCGAGGGAAGUAGAUCACUAUUUGAUGGGUGACACGAUUGUUAUCUUGUGCAGAUGGUAUAAGACAACGCUCCAUGGAGUCGCCAAGCUGGGACCCGGCAUUCUUAUCGCCAAGGAAUCUGGAGCAGUAGGAGGAGACUUGAAUGAAGCAAGAGUGGUCUUGUUGUGUCCCAGCGGUUAUGAAUAUGUAGUAGCACAAUGGUCAAUAUGGUCGACCGGUGGUAUUGCGGUAAGGCACAUCCACCACCCGAACUCCUUUAUUAUAUUAAUGGUUCUCGUGUUUGUCACUCAUCCGGAAUUUCAUGACCUGGUGAGAGAUAUAGCGAAGAAUGCCGGGAUUGAUAAAUUGUUAUAA